AUGUGUGGACAACGACUGCUGUUCUUGGUGGCCUUUGGCUGCCUUUUGGCCAACGCGUUUUCGCUUCCGGCGACCAGGAAUGAGGAGUUCGACGAAGGUUUCCAUCAGUCCGAGUUCGACUACGAGGAGAGGCACACAAGGGAGAUUCCGGCGCAGGCCUAUGCCCCACCGGUCGUUUACAAUUCCCAGUCCAGCUACUCGCCGGCGAAGGACCAAGGAUAUUCCGCUCCUGCUGCUCCGGCUUAUUCACCUGCCGCGCCAUCGUAUUCAGCGCCUGCAUCACCCAGCUAUUCAGCGCCUGCAUCCUCCAGCUACUCAGCGCCUGCUGCCCCAUCGUAUUCAGCACCAGCAGCACCCAGCUACUCAGCACCUGCAUCCUCCAAAUACUCAGCGCCUGCAGCUCCCAGCUACUCAGCACCUGCAUCCUCCAGCUAUUCAGCGCCUGCUGCCCCAUCGUAUUCAGCACCAGCAGCACCCAGCUACUCAGCACCUGCAUCCUCCAGCUACUCAGCACCUGCAGCCCCGUCGUAUUCAGCACCAGCAGCACCCAGCUACUCAGCACCAGCAGCCCCGUCAUAUUCAGCACCUGCAUCCUCCAGCUAUUCAGCGCCUGCUGCUCCAUCGUAUUCAGCACCAGCAGCACCCAGCUACUCAGCACCUGCAGCCCCGUCAUAUUCAGCACCUGCAUCCUCCAGCUAUUCAGCGCCUGCUGCUCCAUCGUAUUCAGCACCAGCAGCUCCCAGCUACUCAGCACCUGCAUCCUCCAGCUACUCAGCACCUGCAGCCCCGUCGUAUUCAGCACCUGCAUCCUCCAGCUAUUCAGCGCCUGCUGCUCCAUCGUAUUCAGCACCAGCUGCACCCAGCUACUCAGCGCCCGCUGCCCCAUCGUAUUCAGCGCAAAAGGCGUCGUCGUACUCGGCUCCUGUCGCCCCAAGCUACUCUGCUCCGGCUGCUCCAGCUUCGUCGUAUUCAGCACCGGCUGGUCCUUCAUAUUCGGCUCCUGCUGCACCUUCUUACUCAGCACCCGCCUCAAGCUAUUCAGCGCCCAAGGCUCCAUCUUAUUCAGCUCCAGCCGCUCCAUCAUACUCCGCACCUGCAGCUCCCUCAUAUUCGGCUUCUGCUUCUCCUUCAUAUUCAUCAUCUGCAUCGUCAUCCUAUUCAGCUCCUGCGGCUCCAUCUUAUUCAGCUCCGGCCGCUCCAUCUUAUUCAGCUCCUGCAUCUUCAUCUUAUUCGGCACCCGCCGCUCCAUCGUAUUCGGCACCUGCAUCAUCUGGAUAUUCAGCAGCACGCGCGUAUUCAGCGGGUUCUGCAGCACCAGCUUCUGGCUAUUCAGCGCCAAAGGCUUCUUCCGGAUACUCAGCACCAAAGGCAUCCUCCGGUUACUCAGCGCCUGCAUCGUCCGGAGCAGCUGCUGCUCCAUCGUACUCAGCUCCAGCGUCCUCGUCUGCAUCUUCCGGUUAUUCAGCGCCAGCCUCGAAGUCAUCGGGUUACGCUCGCUUCGAAAUGGAUCAUCAGAGCCUUGGUAUGGCGAGGACCGCAGGCGACUACGGAUCAGCGGCUCCAUCGCCAGCUUAUGGUGGAGCCUCCCUCCCCUCACCGCCGUGUCCCAAGAACUAUGUGUUCAGCUGCUCGAGCGUUUUCACUCCAGCUCCGUGCAGUCAGGGAUAUGGUUACUGA